AUGGCCGCUAUGCAAGAGAGACUCCAAUCAGUUUUCCAGCACUUCGUCCCUGGUUUAUCGGAAAGCAUCUUGCUGCAAGACCCCCAAAUCCUAGCUAUUAUCGUCGGCGGUAAUUGGCUUUACCUGGACGAUGCAGACAUAAAAGCGGGAAUUCACCGUCUGUAUUGGAACGUUGUCGUUCUUGUUAAGACCAAGCUUGAUAUUUUCAAGCUUGUUAACGAAAACCGCCAACGUCUCUUAGAUAUAACCGGAAUCGUGCGAGAAGAAUGCCCUAGUGAGCUAUUUAAAGUGCCCUCUCCGGACUCCGAGUACUGGUCAGAGUUUAACGCUGUUGGAUUUUCUGGCUACGAUAGAUUAUCGUCUAUGCGAUCGGUUACGAUAAUGAGCUGGGAUUCCUUUAUCCCAUCCACGGCAGUGGCUAUCCCUACAACCGCGUUCAAUAUAUUUUCAUAUAUGGAUAAACGAGUCUCUAAAAACAAUAAUCUCGGACAUGUGGAAUGUCAAAUUAUACAGGCGAGCAGCCUCCCAAAUGGGUUUGUGAUCCUACACGACCAAUGGUUAUUUGAGGACUGGCGUACGCCCUAUGAUUCUCGACGGGACCCCUUGGAUGUGGUGUUUGGCCCGGCUGCGGAGGUGUUGGCGUGUGGAGUAGAUUUAUUCAAGAAUCCGUUCAGGGAGCAUCUUACUCAACGGGUCUUGCUCCAUUACUUUCACGUUACUGGGAUACACGUAUCGGCUAAGCGCCUCACAGAUUCGGACUUAUUUUCGUCCUCCUAUACUGCGUGGGUAGAUGAAAGGCUUGAGCAAUAUUACAAUGCGCUUGGCCAACAAGUUCUCCCUAGCCUGGCCUUAGGCAACGUAUCUGACAGUGAAUCCGACUCUCACCGGCGGCUGACUUUAUUUGGGGACACAUCGACGGGAAAGUACUGGGAUAGGAAAACCUUCAGUACUAUUGAAACCGUUGAUGAAAAGGUGCUUAAAUGCUUCGAGCGCGGAGACUUUGCUUGGAUGAGGCAAAGGAGGCCACUCUCCGGCGAGCUUUCAGGGAAAUGGGAGGUCGCAAUUACUUGUGCGGCUAGAAAUACCACCAAUGUGCUCUGUAAGACGACUCCAUCCGCGAAGGAUGAGCUCGAAAGAGCAACUGUGGCUUCUCAUUUUUAUCCCUGGGUACAGGUCCCACGUAUAUCGGGCUCUGAAAGGUUGCUCUUCCCUAUGUUAGAAUACGAAUAUGAAGAGGAAAUCAGGGCUCGGUAUUAUAAGAAUGAGGGUAACAGCUGGAAGGACGCGGAGGUAUUGAUUCAUGCCGAAGUUGUAAAAGCUGAGAUAAUACUCAGUGCCUAUCGAAAGGCGUUCCGGAAUCCUAAUAUUCAAAGACAGGAUACUAGGGAUGUUAUAAAAUCGUACCUUGAUCGCGUCGCAAGGGGAGGAAGACUGUUCCGGGAACUACACGGUAAAAUCCAGGUAAAAGGAGGCCGCUCAAUCGACACUAGGAAGUUCUUGGACUUGGAAUGGAUUAUUAACGGCGAACGGUAUCCGUCCUUGCGCAAGCUGCUCGAUCAAGCUGCUAAGGAUAUCCAUAAAGCUCGGUCCAGUCCGGUGGUUAUUGGGUUAGGAGACACCAGUGCGCUACAUACCAUGGUAUCGCCAAGAACCGCACAAGGAGGUCGCAAAGUGAUCUUUGAUAACUAUGACUCUGUCAAGUAUCACCCAGUCAUGCUUGAUAUUGCUAGGACCUUCUACUUCGACGUGUUCUCUGAGAUGGCGCGCAUCGCCGAUUUACCAUCUCGUAUGCGGCCGUGGGUAAGAUAUUCGAUUACCGAGACCGCAAUAGAGGUUAAAUAUGCCCGGAAUCGCAGCUGGUUGGCACAGACGAUGGCUGAUAUCAAAAUAAGAUAUCUGCUUCAUCCUCUCGAAGACGAGAUCAAGGCCAUGGGGCAUUCCUUCGACGACCUUAUUCCUCAGUUGUCCGCUGGCAUAUUCUUGGUUCCGACAUUAUACCAGGACUUCUCGAAGAACCCAGACUACAUCAUUACGAACGUGAUGACUGGGAUCGUCAUGUCGCGUUGUAGAAACUGGGGAGAAUUCGACCUGGCGCUUGCAAAACUGGGCUUUCAUCCUUGA